CAUUUGCGAAGUGUGCAAUUAGUGUGUGAAAAACGUGACAAAAUGAACUAACCUUGAUCUAUAUCAUGAACAAAAGGACGUUUUUUAUCCUAAGUAGGUCAAUGCCAUGGAAUAAUUGCCUGAUUACUUAUUAACAACAGACAUGUACAAGAACCAUUGUAGAAUUGUUUUAGUAGCAAACAAGCGAGCUGGCGAUACAGUUCAAUAUCUGUGGAGUGUCUGCUAAACGGAAAACUCUUGCUAACUCUUGCUCUUUUGUGUGUGAAGCUUUGGACUCUUUUAUACUGACGAAAAUAUUUUGCAUUGACGAAACUGUUUAUCCUAAAACUUUGAAAAUGCAGUUGAAUGUGCUGUGUGCAGUGUUCACAUUUAGACACAAUGCGUGCAGUAAGGGAUCUUGUUGAAGUUGAGGGCGGAGAAGGGGAGUCACGUAGUUGGUGACGUCAUCGCAAGGACUAAAUAUGCAAAGUGGAUAUGAACCCUCGUUUGGUGGAGGUGGAGGUGGAGGUGGAGGUGGACGAGGAUUUCGUCUGCAUGCUAAUAUGACCUCGGAUGAGAGAGACGCGCAGCUGAGAGGUCGCGCGGAGCAGCUUCAAGGAGAACUCAGCUGGCAGGCGCAGAUGAAGAAGCAGCUGGAUGAAGAGAAGAGGAAAAAGGAAGAAUUGGAGGACAGGCUAAUGGAGGAAAAUAUGAAGAGGCAACAGGAGAGGAUGAAGGCGGAGUAUGAGGCGGAACAGGAGAAGAGGAGGAGAAAAGAGGAAGAGCAAACCCGCCGUCGCGAAGCCCAACUGAAGCACAUGGAGCGGCUGCAGCAGGAGGCCGCGGAGAAGAAGAAGGUGCAGAGGGCGAGGACCUUGGCAGCCGCUGACGAAGCCGCGUCGUCUCUGCCCACCUCCUCUAGACACAACAGCCGCGACGCACGCAACUUCCAGAAUUCCAACAGCCAGCAGGACGGGAAGAAGAGAUUUGCAAACCAGGACAAUGACUUCGGCCUCAACCUCAAGUCCGACUCGAGGCUUUUAGCAGCCCGAGCACCUAACAAGUUCUUUGAUGCACCGACCACACCUGUCAAAAUGCCCAGGACAAGUGACGACCGGAAACGACCGAAACCCUUAACACCGGCAGUCCCAGUUCCUCAGAAGGGCUAUAACCGCCGGUCUCAAAGGCCGGAAAACACACCUGGCGCUGUCGUCGACCUCCCGCCAGUCGAGACAACGGAGAGACCCGGGCACGCCAGCCGACCAGACGAGCCUCAUAGUGGGCAUGCGAACACUCUUGAGGUUCAGACAACACCACCUACCAGGGAACACACAGAGAUCCAGACAGCGAAGCCACAGCAUUCCGACAUGGAGAUACAAACCACUCCGGCGUUGAACCAAUGGGAGUCGGAGAGGAAGCACGAGGAGCCGCGCCCCCCCGUGGUGCGAGGCCGGCCCUUCGACUGGAAGAUCCACAUCCAGGACAUGUCGGAGGAGGAGAAGGCCAGGCUGGAGAAGAUGUCCGAGGAGGAGACCAAACAUUUUGCCGAAGAGAAUCAAGAUCUCAUGAGCCAGCUGUCUGCCAUGAAAGUCAAUCUACGGUCUGCCGGGCCUGGUCGACAACAAGGAGAAGACGGGAAGCCCAACAGCACUGGUAAAGACACGGACUCGGGCAUAGGCGGAGGAAGCAGUCCGGAUAAGGACAAGGGCGGACAAAAUACACUAGGAUCACCGACCACUAUUCCAGCAGGGUCGAGCGACGAUGUCGAUUACUUACGCGUUGUCUCCGGUAGGCCCGAUGAUAAGAAUAACCCAAGGAGGCGAGAACCUUCUUAUCUCGAUCUCAACGACUCUUCUGGGACGACCAUCCGGAAGUUCUUAGAACAUACUAGAGCACGGUCCAAGGAGUCAUAGAGUGGCACUUCUAAAGCAACUGUCACCACUACUAAGAUUACUGCUAACUACUACUACGAAUACUGCUAACUACUACUUCUACGAUUACUGAUAACUACUACUACGACUAUUGCUAAUUACUACAGCGACUACUACUAACCACUGCUACGACUACUGCUAACUAUUACUACGACUACUGCUACUACUACGACUACUUCCAACUACCAGUACGACUGCUACUACAACUGUCACCACUAUAACUACUAAUACAACAACAAUCACUACUACAGCGACAGUUACUACAACUUACAACCACGAGGUAACUACGGUUAUCACCACUCCAACUUCACCCAUGGCUACCUCGCUCUCGUUGUCCCGGAGGCAAACGACUGAAGAAGGUAUUUUACACUGAUUCUUGGUCCAUUACUCUUCCAUUGGUCGAACUCAUUCAUGAAAAGUUGAUGGCAGGUGUAUAUAUGAUCUUUUGAAGUACCAGCUGGUAUGGUACUUGACUAUACAUAUAACCUGAUGAUGCCAAUUGCAGUCAACUGUAUUUUAUGAAUGGGAAUCACGCCCAAGCAGUAGUAAAAGGGUGAUAAUAAUGAGAUCGCAGAAGGGAGAGGGAGAGGGAGGAGAAAGGUAGAGAGAGAGGAAUGAAAAAAAGAGAAAUAUCGAAAAAGAAAAUGAAAAAGAUGGUGUCUCAUUUACACAUCCUAUCCAUUAAACAUUGCUAACUACAGGCCGCAAAUAUCCAAGGUUGUUAUAUUUACGUAUAAUACAAUACAGUAAACUAAUUGC